AGCCUCCUCCCCCUGCGAGCGGCGGCCCCUCGGCGCGGACCAUGUUCGCCAAAGGCAAAGGCUCGGCCGUGCCCUCGGACGGGCAGGCGCGGGAGAAGCUGGCGCUCUACGUCUACGAGUACCUGCUGCACGUCGGCGCGCAGAAGUCGGCGCAGACCUUCCUGUCAGAGAUCCGGUGGGAGAAGAACAUCACGCUGGGCGAGCCCCCCGGCUUCCUGCACUCCUGGUGGUGCGUAUUUUGGGACCUUUACUGUGCAGCUCCUGAAAGGCGAGAUACUUGUGAACAUUCAAGUGAAGCAAAAGCCUUUCAUGACUAUAGCGCAGCUGCCGCCCCGAGUCCCGUGCUUGGAAACAUUCCCCCGAACGACGGGAUGCCCGGGGGCCCCAUCCCGCCAGGUUUCUUCCAGGGCCCGCCUGGUUCACAGCCCUCGCCCCACGCACAGCCUCCACCUCACAACCCUAACAGCAUGAUGGGACCCCACAGUCAGCCUUUCAUGUCGCCGCGCUACGCAGGAGGUCCCCGGCCCCCCAUCAGAAUGGGAAACCAGCCUCCGGGGGCGGUUCCUGGUACACAGCCAUUGCUGCCCAAUUCCAUGGAUCCCACGCGACAGCAAGGGCACCCCAACAUGGGCGGGCCCAUGCAACGGAUGAAUCCUCCACGAGGGAUGGGCCCCAUGGGUCCCGGUCCACAGAACUAUGGCAGCGGGAUGAGACCUCCACCCAACUCUUUAGGCCCCGGCAUGCCUGGAAUUAACAUGGGCCCRGGAGCUGGCAGACCAUGGCCUAACCCCAGCAGUGCUAACUCAAUCCCAUACUCUUCUUCAUCGCCUGGUACAUACGUGGGUCCCCCUGGCGGCGGCGGCCCCCCGGGAACACCCAUCAUGCCCAGUCCCGCAGAUUCAACAAAUUCAAGUGACAACAUCUACACAAUGAUUAAUCCAGUACCGCCUGCAGGCAGUCGAUCGAAUUUCCCCAUGGGACCCGGCUCGGACGGCCCGAUGGGCGGCAUGGGUGGAAUGGAGCCCCACCACAUGAACGGAUCGUUAGGGUCAGGAGACAUAGAUGGACUUCCAAAAAAUUCUCCAAACAACAUAAGUGGCAUUAGCAAUCCCCCGGGCACUCCAAGAGACGACGGGGAGCUGGGAGGCAACUUUCUCCAUUCCUUCCAAAACGACAAUUAUUCCCCCAGCAUGACGAUGAGUGUGUGAUUUCCCUCCCCCUCCUCCUCUCCAGGAUAAAGAGAGUCAGCUGCCGUUCGGAGGAUCUCAACGAAUUAUGCAAGAAGAAGCUAGGUGUAUUGGCAGGGAGACGUGUGGCGGGGGCCAAAACCCCAGGUUUAGUUUCAUGCAAUAAAAAGGCUGAACUUUUUAUUCCAUAAAACAUGAAGGACAAAACUUAAAAUAUUUCAAGACAUGACAAGAUCCUUCUUUGUGCAGAAGGGUUUAUAUAUGUACAUGACACUUCUUUUUGGAAACAAAUGGAAGCCUCUAGCACCCAACUCCAAUCUCUUUGCUUUGUUCUUUUAAAUAAAAACAAAAACAGAACCCUGUUGUAUGUUUGUGCCGUGCGACACCAGGAAGCUAGUCUAGAUAUGAAAUCUCAUGUUGUCUCUGUUGUAGUCAUUUUUUAAAUAAACUGGACAGUUUACAAUGGUGGUUUUUGUUCAGAAGGCCUGUUUGGUUUUGUAGUUUUUCGGGGGKUUUUUUUGUUGUUGUUUUGUUUUUUUCCUUCCUUUGUUUUUUUCUCCUUUUUUGGUUCAUUUGCAGCACAACACUUCCUCCUCCGGUAACAAGAUCUGCUUGUGGAAGAGACUCCACCACCUCGUUACAAACUGGUUAAUGCAGGUGACCCCUAAUAGGAUCACAGGCUCCAGUUGAUCGUGAACUUACUCUCUGUGACUGUGGCAUGCACUGUGUUAGUCUUUCCCCUCCUCUCAGAGUACAAGAAGAUUUCUCUGUCCCUCCCCUCCUGAGAGUCCUUGAGCUGGUUCACUACAAAAAAAUAAUAAUAAAAUUUAAACCCAACAGAAGAAAGGAGAAAGAAAGGGUUAAUGUGACCUGGGACUUUGAACCGUGAUCUCCAGCUAACUUUGGUUUGUUUGGUUUUCUUUUCUGCUUUGGUCUUGUUUUAUGUUUUUAUUCUUUUUUUUUAAGAUGUGCUCUCAUCAGGGUUUCACUUAUAUAUGAUUUGGAACUGGAUGGAGAAGUUUUUUAAGUAAUUAUUGUUGUUAAUGAAAAAAACCCCAAUGUAUCCUUGCUAUUCUGUAGGCUCGGUCUGUAACACAAAAUAAAAGGAAUUAAAAAAGUCAAAGCCGCUUCCUUCUCG